AUGUCUCCAAAAGCAGAAAAAAAGCCCGCCUCUAAAGCACCAGCCGAGAAGAAGCCAGCUGCCAAGAAAACCGCUUCUUCCACUGACAGCAAUAAGAAGAGAGUCAAGGUCAGAAAGGAAACUUACUCCUCUUACAUCUACAAGGUGCUAAAACAGACACACCCAGACACUGGUAUCUCCCAAAAAUCUAUGUCCAUUUUGAACUCCUUUGUGAACGACAUUUUUGAGAGAAUCGCUUCCGAAGCCUCCAAGCUUGCUGCUUACAACAAAAAAUCGACCAUUUCCGCCAGAGAGAUCCAAACAGCAGUUAGAUUGAUUUUGCCAGGUGAAUUGGCCAAACACGCCGUCUCUGAAGGUACAAGAGCGGUCACAAAGUACUCUUCUUCCACUCAAGCUUAG